AUGUCAACUGUCGACACUACUUUCUCAUCGACAAUUUCAGCCAUAAACUGUCUACUUCAACAACUUUACGAGACAUUGACAACUCCAACAAAACAUUUUCAGCCAUUAAACGAAAAGUUAAUUCGUUUGAGUACUGAGUCGUUACGUCACCAAAAUUUAAUACAAGCAUGGCAAACGGAAAUAAGUUUAGUUAAACUAUCAAUAACCGAUACAGACUCAUAUAUUGCCGGUAUUGAGCCGAAUCAGGAAACAUUACUACAAGAAUUAGCAAGCUUAAAACAAAAAGUGGAAGAUUUACAAUCUAUCAGCUAUGAUGGAACUCUUACAUGGAAAAUUCCUAAUGUUUCAGAGAAAAUGGCUGAUCCUCAGUUGGAACGACAAACAUCGAUUUAUUCACCGGCAUUCUACUCGUCUCCAACUGUGUACAAAAUGCGUCUUCGCCUUUAUUUACACGGAGAUGGGAAUGCUCGUAGAACACAUAUGUCACUCUUUCUUCUUAUUAUGCGUGGUUCAUUCGAUGCGAUUGUGAAAUGGCCUUUUAGUUUUAAAGUGAUAUUUUGUUUCUACGAUCAAUCUGGACAACAACGGCACAUUAUUGUUUCGUUCAGAUCAGAUAUAAACUCAAAUAGUUUUCAACGACCUAGAAGCGAAAUGAAUAUUGCCUCGGGAAUACCGAAAUUUUUUCCAUUACCGAUGAUCAUAGAAGAUGAUAAUAACUAUAUUAAAGACGAUACUAUGUUCAUUAAAUGUUUAAUUGAUUUUGGUGAUAUAUCGAAGAUAAUUCUUUCGUAUGCGCUCAGUUCAAAUCCUGCAUUACCUCAUCAUGUUCAACUUUGUUAUAGUUUGAUUCAGUAG